AUGGUACAAGGCAAUGAUACCUCAAUUUCAGAAUUUAUUCUCCUGGGAGUUUCAGAAGAACCAGAACUGCAGCCCCUCAUGUUUGGGCUUUUCCUCUCCAUGUACCUGAUCACUGUGUUGGGAAACCUGCUCAUCAUCCUGGCCGUCAGCUCAGACUCCCACCUCCACACACCCAUGUACUUCUUCCUCUCCAACCUGUCCUUGGUAGACAUCUGUUUCACCUCCACCACCGUCCCAAAGAUGCUGGUGAACAUCCAGACACAAAGCAAAGUCAUCACCUAUGAAGGCUGCAUCACACAGAUGUAUUUUUUCAUACUCUUUGCAGUGUUGGACAACUUCCUCUUGACCGUGAUGGCUUAUGAUCGUUUUGUGGCCAUCUGUCACCCCCUGCACUACACAGUCAUCAUCAACCCCCGGCUCUGUGGACUGCUGGUUCUGGUGUCCUGGAUCAUGAGUGCCCUGUAUUCCUUGUUACAAAAUUUAAUGGUGUUGCGACUAUCCUUCUGUACAUGCUUGGAAGUUCCUCACUUUUUCUGUGAACUCAAUCAGAUUGUCCAACUUGCCUGUUCUGACACCUUUCUUAAUAAUAUGGUGAUAUAUUUUGGAGUUGUGCUGCUGGGUGGUGGUCCCCUUGUUUGUAUCAUUUACUCUUACUCUAAGAUAGUGUCCUCCAUACGAGGAAUCUCAUCAGCUCAGGGGAAGUAUAAAGCAUUUUCUACGUGUGCCUCUCACCUCUCAGUUGUCUCCUUAUUUUAUGGUACAAUCCUAGGAGUGUAUCUCAGCUCUGCUGCUACCCAAAGCUCACACUCAAGUGCAACAGCCUCAGUGAUGUAUGCCGUGGUCACACCCAUGCUCAACCCUUUCAUUUACAGUCUGAAGAACAAAGACAUAAAGGAGGCUCUGAAAAGAUUUGUUGGGAUGACAGACAUAAAAGGUCCAGUUGUCCUAGGGAUGAGGAAGUGCCCAUGA